UUCGGCAUCGUCCUCUUACACUGCAACCUUGACUCUUUCCUCUGCAUUUACACACCUAUGUAUAGACUCGCGGCCAGACGACCGUUUCUCAACAAGAAAUUUGGAAUCAUCUCAACAGCGCUUGCUGCAUCCCGCGCCAUGCAUAUCCAGUCGAUUCCUAUGUGGGAGGGGAGCCACAACAAUUACGCCUACUUGGUAGUCGAUGACAAAUCCAAGGAUGCUGUGAUUAUCGACCCUGCCAACCCCCCGGAAGUUGCCCCGGUUCUGAAGGAUGCUAUUCAGGCGGGCAAGAUUAACCUGACGGCCAUUGUCAACACUCAUCACCAUUGGGACCAUGCGGGAGGUAACAAGAAGCUGCUCGCUGAACUUGGAACUCCCAAGCUGGACAUUAUCGGAGGCAAGGACUGUGAGGGUGUCACCAAGACGCCUGGUCAUGGCGAGACCUUUAAGCUGGGUGACAUCACCGUGAAGGGUGUUCACACGCCCUGCCACACCCAGGACAGCAUUUGCUUCUUCAUGGAGGAUGGCAAUGACAAGGCUGUUUUCACAGGAGAUACUCUCUUUAUCGGCGGUUGUGGAAGAUUCUUCGAAGGCUCUGCAGCGGAAAUGCACGAGGCUUUGAACAAGCGCCUCGCCGCUCUGCCGGACGACACCUUGGUCUAUCCUGGUCACGAGUACACAAAGUCCAACGUCAAGUUUGCUGCUUCUGUAUCGCAGCGAGAUGCGGUGCAGAAGCUCCACUCGUAUGCCGAGAACAACAAGGUGACAACCGGAAAAUUUACCAUUGGAGAUGAGAAGGAGCAUAAUGUGUUUAUGAGAGUCGAGGAUCCCGAAAUCCAGAAGGCGACGGGCGAGACUGAGCCCGUGGCUGUCAUGACAAAGUUGCGAGAGAUGAAGAACAACUUUAAGGCUCCCGAGUCAAAGAUGUAG